GAGGCGAGGACUGCUGGGCGUCAGCAGCUGCCGGCACCACCUUGGCGGAGGCAGAGCCAAGAGGAGGAGGAGGAGGAAGAGGAGGAAGGCUGGGGGGGGGGGAAAGGCAGCUCCCUUCGCCAUCUACCCAGGAAGCUGCCUCUGCAACAGUAGCUGCGCAAUCCUCUGGCCUGGCAUCCUCCACCCAGCCAAAAAAAGAAAAGAAAAGAGAGAAAGCCAACCAGUUCUGCAGAGCGCAAGCCAAAAGCUGCCAGUGAAACGAAGGAGAGGACCCUCGUUGCUUUUUGGCCCGGCUCUUUUGGGGAGUGGGGUGGGCUGGGGGGCGUGAUGGUCGGGUGAACGCCUGCAGGGCAGCCCUCCCCACUCCUGCCACCGCCCCACCCGCUCGCCAUGGCUGCCAAGGAGGACUUGUACAGCCAAGUGGCCCCGUGGAAGAGCCGGCAGAGCCGAGCGGGGACCAUCAAGCGCGGCUCAUCGCUGGAGAUCCUGCUUUCCAUGGGCUUCCCCAAAGCUCGAGCGCAGAAAGCAUUGGCAUCCACCGGAGGUCGAAGUGUGCAAGCAGCUUGUGACUGGCUCUUUUCCCAUGUCUGUGACCCCUUCCUCGAUGACCCUCUUCCUCGAGAAUACGUCCUCUACCUACGUCCCACCGGCCCGUUAGCACGGAAGCUGACUGACUUCUGGCAGCAGUCGAAACAGUUGUGUGGGAAAAACAAAGCCCACAACAUCUUUCCCCACAUCACACUCUGCCAAUUCUUUAUGUGUGAAGACAGCAAGGUGGACGCUCUCUGUGAAGCCCUGCAGGCUACUGUGACCCGGUGGAGGUGCAAAUUCCCUCUUCCUUUGCCUCUGGAACUCUAUACCUCAUCCAACUUCAUCGGUCUCUUCGUUAAGGAGGACUACGCGGAGAUCCUGAAGAAAUUCGGGGCGGACUUCGCGGUGGAAGCCACCGCUAAAGCGGAUGUCCACGUGGAACCCCACAAGAAGCAACUCCAUGUGACCCUGGCUUACCACUUCCAAGCCAACCACUUGCCCACCCUUGAGAAGUUGGCUCAGAGCAUUGAUGUCAAGCUGGGCUGUGACUGGGUAGCUGCCAUCUUCUCCCGUGACAUUAGAUUUGCCAAUCAUGAGACCCUCCAAGUCAUCUACCCCUACACCCCACAGAACGAUGACGAGCUUGAACUCGUGCCAGGAGAUUUCAUCUUCAUGUCUCCUGUGGAACAAAUCACAACUAGCGAAGGCUGGAUUUAUGGUACUUCUUUUGCCACGGGGUGCUCAGGAUUGUUGCCAGAGAAUUAUAUCACCAAAGCCGAUGAAUGUGGCACGUGGGUUUACCAUGGGUCAUAUUCUAUUAUGAAUGCCACUAUUUCCUCGUCUCUCGUGAUGUUUGCUGAUGGGGUGAUGGAUCGACGAUCCCAGGAGGAUCAAGGACCAGGGGAAACAGGGCCUCUCACAAUUUUCUGUCAGAGUAUGCAGCCCUUAAGGAUCUCCAACACACCUGGGCCCCAGAAAAGAUGCCUUUUUGUUUGUCGUCAUGGAGAAAGAAUGGACGUCGUGUUUGGAAAAUACUGGCUCUCACAAUGUUUUGAUACCAAAGGAAGAUACAUCCGCACAAAUCUGAAUAUGCCUCACAAUUUGCCUCAGCGGAGCGGCGGUUUUAGGGAGUACGAAAAGGAUGCCCCCAUCACGGUGUUGGGAUGCACGCAAGCCCGGCUUGUGGGCGAGGCUCUUCUUGAAAGCAACACAGUCAUCCACCACAUCUACUGUUCUCCGUCGCUGCGCUGUGUGCAGACCGCACAUCAUAUCCUGAAAGGCUUGCAACAAGAAAAUAACCUGAAGAUUCGAGUCGAGCCAGGGUUGUUUGAAUGGACCAAAUGGGUGCCAGGGAAUUCUCUGCCAGCCUGGAUCCCACCCCUGGAUUUAGCUGCAGCCAGUUUGAGUGUUGAUACAACAUACAGACCUCAUUUAGCCGUGAACAAAUUAGGAAUUUCUGAAUCGUAUGAAACCUACAUCAGCAGAAGUUUCCAGGUCACCAAGGAAAUUCUAAGUGAAUGCAAAGCUAAAGGGAAUAACAUUUUGAUCGUUGCACACGCAUCCUCCCUGGAGGCCUGUACCUGCCAGCUACAAGGACUGUCACCGCAGAAUUCGAAGGAUUUUGUCCAGAUGGUCCGGAAGAUUCCCUACCUGGGCUUCUGCUGUUGUGAAGAGCUUGGAGAUACUGGACUUUGGCAACUGACCGAUCCACCUAUCCUGCCACUCACUCACGGACCAACCGGCGGAUUUAACUGGAGAGAAACUCUGCUCCAAGAAUAAGGCCGAAAAGCGAGGGGGGAAAGUCAGAAGGACAGGAAAAAGAAGUUUCUUAAAAACUGGAGCACGUCUCUCACCUCCUAGAAAGUUUUUUUUAAAAAAACAAACAAACAAACAAAAAAACAGAAAAUAUUGAUGGUGGAGAAAAUUACUCCUAGCCCUGGAAAUGGCUUUAAAAAUAACAGUUAAGCAUAUCUGCCACCGAACGGCACUUCUAGGGGGUGGGAAAAAUUAGCAAAUAUAGCAUCUGCUUGGAUUGUGGGAAAAUAUAACGGUAUUCCAAUUUAUUUUCAUUCUUUGUCUCUUCAGUCUCCUGUCCAGCAGAUAAGUCUCUCUGAUGUAAGCCAUUGAGUUUUAAUGUAUAUCUCUAUGUAUGUAUUUAUGUAUAUAUAUAGAUAGAUAGAUAGAUAAAUAUAUAAUUUCCAGAAUUUUUUUAAAUUUGGAAUUAAGGUCUAAGGAAGGAAAACUUGUUUUCACUGCCUUCUAUAUAAUUGUUAGCAACAAAGUCGUAAACUGUGGAUUUCAUUUCAUGUUAGGUGCACCAUACAAUUUUGUAAAAUUAUUUUUUCUGUGGAAGAAAAAGUUCAGGUCAAAACAGAGAAGGCUGCCUAACGUAACAGUAUAUUUAAUUUUUCUAGUAUUGUCAGGACAGGGUUUACGAACUGAUAUUCGAAAUGAACAAAAGGAAUCGGAAUGCAAAAAAAAAAAAGGAGAGAGAUUUUUAUACAGGGAACUCUUGUUUGCACACUAAAGAUGUCCAGGUAAUCUUUUGACUUACAACCACAAACUGAGCCCAAAAGUUCUGUUACUAAGCGAGACAAUCGUUAAGGGAGUUCUGCCCCAUUUCAUGACCUUUCUUGCCACAAUCAAGUGAAUCACUGCCCUUGUUCGGUUAGUAACCCGGUUGUUAAAUGAAUCUGGCUUCCCCGUUGACUUUGCUUGUCAAAAGGUCGCAAAAGGGCAUCACGUAACCCCGGGACACUGCGACCGUCAUAAAUACGAACUAGUUGCCAAGCGUCUGGAUUUUGAUCACAUGAGCAUGGGGAUGCUGCAAAGGUCGAAAGUAUGGAAAAUGGUCAUUUGUCGUUAGUUGCAAAGUCGUGUCCGACUCAUCAUGACCUCAUGGACAAUGUUCCUCCAAGCCUUCUUGUCCUCUACCAUCCCCUGGAGACCAUUUAAGCUCAAAAUGGUCAUGUGGUGUUGUGACCCAGGCCCAAGUAGGUAUUAUCAGACGCAAUCAGUUCGAAAAUAAACAGACUUUAUUAGAACAGCUGAGAAUUAACUCGUUCUCAGCAUAGACCAAACUAAUUCAAAACAAACUCUUCAUAACACAAUUCUUCAGCUUUAUCACCAACCUUGGUCUACUUUGGCAACCUGCCAAAGGCUUCUCUUGGCAAAAGUUCAGAAGCAGAAGACGCCGACAAGAAAUAAAUGCAGCAAGACAAGAAACAAAUCUAUCAACGUUGUUUUCCGACAAAGAGCCCAAGAGCUGUUGCUGGUCUUUUAAGCCUUAUGGGAGGGGCCAAUCAUCUCUUGGCCCUACUCCCGAGUCGUCCUUUUUGCUUCACCUGCUCUUGCCUUCUGGCAGCUCUUCUCAUGCGUGCACUAGGAACAGGGUCCUCCUGUUCCUCUGCCUCUCUGCUGUCAGCCUCUGGAGGCUCCGAAGUCUGCACAUCACUCCCCGAUGGCCCUGGCCCCAUCUCUGCCUCUGAUGCAGAGCCCUCAUCCGGGCCUUCCCCAGCCUCCAGGACUGGCCCAUGUUCUUCCUCAGCCUCAUCACUGUCUGACUCCACUGCCAGCUCCGCAGGCUGCUAGCAGACCACAACAUAUGUCAGGGUUUUUUUUUCAGCGCCGUUGCAACUGGGAAUGGUGACUGAACAAAUGGUUGUAAGUCAGGGACUACCUACGUUAUCUCGCCAUACUGGAAAAACCUCAAGGGAAACAAUUGUCUAGUUAAAGAGACUGGAGAAACUCUGUACUUUAUUGGCAAUGAUGUAUUUCAACCACGAUCACCACCUCUUGAUGUUAAGAGUCAACCAUGUUGAACCUACAACUCAAAGAUGGACAGAUUGGGUGGGCACGUUGAACGUGGGGUUUUGUGGCCCUUAAAGCCAUCGUCUUCAACCCUCAUGAGCCAGCUCUUCCAUGCAUUUUUUUUUCUUUCUUUUUCAUAAAUAUUGCUCAGAAAAGUCACCGUUAAGUACUCUUUUCAUCAACUGGGCUUUUACCUGCAGGACAACAAUUCUUCUCUAUAAACAUUUAAUUAUCCUCCUCCUCCUCCCCACCCCUAUUUUUCCCCUCUACCUGACGCUUCAGAAUAUCAACUUUUCAAAACUUCACAAGUUCCUUACAACGAUUGGUUUCCGCAAAGGUUCGGAUGGACUUGUUUCGUUCUUUUUGUACAUUUGUCCUAACUGGUUUUUUGGGGGGCAAUUAGCAUUCAGAAUUCCUUGCGCGAAGAAGCCACUGAAAGUGUUCUCACUUUGUGGCUGUUUGUACUCAGAGCCGGUCCUAUCCUGAAACAGAGGAAAGCAAGGGUCUUAGAUGGAAGGGCUUCCGUCUGUGACUCUGAGACAUUAUGAGAAAAAGUCUGGUUGCCACUGGAACAGCUCUUAGAUUAAACCCAUGCAACACGCAAGAUCCGAUUCUGGAUAUAUCUAGUCACGGGAUUAAACUGGAUGGUAAUCUUGAGCGUUCAAAAUAUUAUGAUGCCUGUUGGCUUUCCUCCUGUGAAGUUGGGGACUGAGAAUUAAAGAGGGGAGGUCUAGUUGCUAACAGAACUAGACAAAUUAUUUAAUAACAACUUGAUAUAAGAGAGCUUGUAUCAUUAAAAAUGCACCCAGAAAAUGCGAGUUCAGAAUUCAUAGAAAUCGUGGGAGGGGGGGUUGUCUUUAAGAUUUGGGUAGGUCUGUUUUUCGGUGCCAUUUUAAUGUUGUUUAAAUGCGACGUUGAAUUGAUCAACAAUUGGUUAAUCAAAUGGUUUGAAAAACGUGAUACUUUUCAUCCAUUUUAGGCAGCUUCAAGGUACAGCUUUUACCUGCAACUACACUCAAGGCCAGUAUAAAACCUCCAAGAAAGUAUUAUUAUUAUUAUUAUUAUUUGGGGUGUCCGGUUGGGACAAUAAGUAUCUUAAGAUAGUUUCACCAGACAUGAAGUUGGCCCCAGCAGAUACCGCCUCUUACAAAUAAGUUACAACGCUAAACUUGGUUAACUAGGGUUCAUACAUUACCAGUAGUCCUCCACUGGGGAGCAGAUCCUCUGUUGCUAAGCAAUGCCGUUGUUAAGUGAGCCGCGGACGGUUUUAUGAUUCUUGUUCCUGCGGUGGUUAAGUGAAUCGCAUGGUCAUUAAACGGAUCCAACUCCCCAUUGUCAGAAGACCCCUGGGAAGGUCACAAAUGGCCAUCACAUGACCUCAGGGAUGCUGCAGCCGUCACAAAUAUAUGCCGGUUGCCGAAUGCCCAAAUUUUGAUCACGUGACCCUUACGGGUUGUAAGUCAUUUUGUCAGCACUCCCCACAGUUGCUAAACGAAUGGUUGUAAGUUCAAGGACGACCUAUAUUCCUUAGUGCUAUGAGUGGCUUAAAUGCAGGGGUGAAAUCUACUUACCUUCCCUACCGGUUCGGAAGUGCGUGUGUCAUCAUCAUGUUCGAUUUUGGACCCUCUGCGCAUGUGCAAAGGUCAAAAGCAGGUUACUUCCUGGUUUUAACCCGCCCGGAUGUUGUUACUUCCUGGUUUUAACCAGGAAGUAACGACACCCGGGCAGGUGGGUGGAGCCUCACGCUGCCACUACUACCGGUUCGCCGAACCACACACCACCGCCGCUACAGGUUCACUCGAACUGGAGUGAACCGGUAGCAUUUCACCCUUGCUUAAAUGGUAGAACAAUCAGCUUCAGUUCCACCCGAAAUAUUGUGCUACCCUAAAGUAACUAUCGAAACGGUGCUCCCUUUUAAUCCACGUACCAAAGUCAACCCAACUGCCAAGGUGAAUCUUUCUUCAACCGCGGUAGCGAUUGGGUCCCAUCGACCACCGCCUUCAUGACUGCACCUCAAAAGGCUCAAAGACUAGUUGAGAGUAGCACCGAGUUGGUUCUCCGGGCACAUAGCUUACGCCUCCAAACCUUGUUUGACGCCUUCCUGAAUUCUGCCAAAGGGUAGGGCUGGCCAGCUCCGAACAGAGCUGCCACCUGGCCGGGUUCGAAUACAUAAUAAUGCCAUUUGCAUCUUACACAUAUAUAUCUAUAUAUAGGAUAAGCUUUUGCUUUUAAAAAGGAACUUUCCACCAAGGGUAGCAGAGGGAGCUACGCCGAUCCCUGAAAGCUCCUUGUGUGCAAUAUGUAAAUUUACUUAAAUUAUGUAUAUUCUACCCAUGUAAAAGUAAGCAAGGCAUUCUGAAAAGUGUUAUUUUUAACCAGGGAUGUACAGUCAAGAAGAUGCAGCUGAGAGCAGGAGAACAAUUGCAGGCCUUGUAUUAUACCGUUGGUUGCUGCUAGUAUUUUUGGGAAUGUAUACAUAUGUGUAUAGACACACACAUCCCUGUAAAUACAUACAUACGUCUAUGUAUGUAUGUAUGUAUGUAUGUAUGUAUGUAUGUAUGUAAUUUAAAAUAUUUUUGGCUAUGUACAGAUAUUCUAAAAACGAACCGAGAAUCUAGCUUCUUCUUCAGGCUGGUUUUUCUGGAAGAGUCUUUGUGAUCUUUGAACUGUGUUUGACAAUCAACGCCGACCUAUUGUUGACUGAUAAUGUAUUUAAUUGGAGCGGGAAUUUUCUUUCUUCUUUUUUUUUUUUUUUGCACUGACAGCUUGCAGGUUGUUCAUAUUUAAUGAUGUACUGUACAAGAAAGAAAGAAAGAAAGAAAGAAAAAGAAAGAAAGAAGAAAGAAAGAAAGAAAGAAAGAAAGAAAGAAAGAAAGAAAGAAAG